AUGGCCAACUCACUAGCCGUGAGAAAAGCAUGGGAGAAACCAGUCUUUAUGGGAGACAGAGAGCUAGGAAAAGCUCGAGUGGCUGUCUCCAGUGGCUAUGAGUCAGCACGCCUUGAGGCCGAAUCAGCAAAACAGGCUCAGACGAUCAAGGAUUUGUUGCAAGACCUCACCAGGACUCGGUCAGAAAUACGCCAAGAGCGAGAGGCCAAUCGGAGACUCAACAAAAGUCUCGCUGAGUUACGUUGCAAAGAAAGAGAUGGGCUAGCUCAAUACGACCAAGUACUACAAGAAAAGGACCAAGCCCUUGCAAAACUCGAUGAACUGCAAGCCUUGGUCAUCCAUCAAGAGGCGAGGAUCAAAGAGGCUCAAAAGUACAGUGAAGAUAUGAGCCAGGCAGUCCAGAAGCAAAGCGAAGCGCUUGCCCGUCACGUCCGGGAAGCCAAAAGGGAAUUAUGUAGAGAUCAAGACCUGCCUGUGGGUUUCUUUAGGCUUUUCCGUUUCUGUCAAAAGUUGCUUCGUAGUAUGGAAUAG